AUUUUCAGGGUCUGUGAUACAUGCAAUAAAUAUUUCGAGCAACGGCUGGCAGAUCUGGUUCACUUAUAACACAGUAUAUUUAAUCCCUAAUCAACGUUUAAUUUGCUUUCAAUUCCUCCAGCUGUUUUUCCCUCAUUUCUCUGAACCCUGAGUCCUCUAGCCUGCUCCACGUCCCGCCCCCGGGAUUCCUCCUGCGGGAAAGUGGCCACCGAGAAUACUUCCGGUGGCAGAGGUCGGCCGCGGCAAGAUGGCAGCCCCCUUGGAGCUCAGCUGCUGGGGAGGCGGCUGGGGGCUCCCUUCUGUGCACAGCGAGUCGCUGGUGGUGAUGGCUUAUGCCAAAUUUUCUGGUGCACCCUUGAAAGUCAAUGUUAUAGAUAACACCUGGAGAGGUUCAAGAGGAGAUGUACCAAUUUUGACAACUGAAGACAACAUUGUUUCUCACCCAGCAAAAAUACUCAACUUUUUGAGAAAACAGAAAUAUAAUGCUGAUUAUGAACUCUCAGCAAAACAAGGGGCAGAUACACUGGCUUACAUUGCUCUCCUCGAAGAGAAACUUCUCCCUGCUGUGCUUCACACAUUCUGGGUUGAGAGUGACAAUUAUUUUACUGUGACAAAGCCAUGGUUUGCUUCACGGAUCCCUUUUCCCUUGAGUUUAAUCCUGCCCGGAAAGAUGUCUAGAGGAGCACUCAACAGGAUUCUUCUGACAAGAGGAGAGCCUCCCCUCUACCGUGUCCAAGAAGUGGAAGCGCAGAUAUACAGAGAUGCCAAGGAGUGCCUAAAUCUUCUUUCAAACAGAUUGGGAACCUCUCAGUUUUUCUUUGGUGAUACGCCUUCUACCCUGGACGCCUAUGUGUUUGGUUUCCUUGCACCUCUUUAUAAAGUGCAUUUUCCCAAAGUUCAGUUACAAGAACAUCUGAAACAGCUCUCCAACCUGUGCCGCUUCUGUGAUGACAUCCUGAGCAGUUACUUUAGGCUUAGUCUUGAAGGCCUGGGGCUCAGAGAACUCAGCCCAGAUGAAAUAAGUUUGCUUCUUUAUUGUCCCUUUGAGCUAUUCAACGACUGUGUUUCCAUCAGACACAUCCAGAAUGAAGUAAUCACUGGGGACAUAAUGAACUCAACAUCUCUCCUGUAAGGCAUUUACAGUUCUCCAGAGAAAUCCAAAAGCUACUUAUGAGCAAGAAGAAAACGAUGCUGCCUGUUGGUCAUCUCUCAGAACUUCCAACUGCUGAAGGCCACUCUGCAAUCAAAAAUAACUUUCCUUCACCAACUGACAUAUGUCAAGAAGGGAAACAUGAGUAAGAGGAUCCAGGCCACGGCAUGUUCAUUAAACAAUUACAUACUGAAGCCAAUGGGUAAUCACUUUUUUCCAUUUUAUUUCCAACAGUUUGAGUGUUCCUAAGAGGCCUGUGUAGAAUUGGAUCUGGUACUUUAAUCAGAAUUUGAGUGUAUUUUCAGUAAUGGUAACAUCUCUGCCUCUCCUACUUACUCUGUGUAACAGACUCCCCUGGGUCUGACUUGUGUUCCUCCUUCUGAGUGUUUAGUCAAUUUAAUAUACACAGUGGACAUAUUCUGGAAAAAAAUAUGAGGCUUCUCAACAGAGUCAUUUCCAAGAUUAGGUCUUGUUUAAAACAAAGGCAGACAAUUCAUCAGAAUACCAAGGCAGGACAUACAAUGCUCCACAGUGUUUAAUUAGAGCUUUUCUUAAGGACUCAUUUGCUCAGCCUCUCAAGUACCAUAAACUUUUCUGAAGAUGAUUUUGCCUCAUCCCUCUGAAGUCAAAGG